AUGGCUUCUCUACUGCAGAAUCCAGACAGAAUAUUUAUCAAGAUGUUCUACGAUAAUAGAAGGCGCUGUAUAUCCUCUAUGUCAACUUAUGACAAGACCAAGCUGCGUACCAUUUGCUUUCGUAGCGGCAUGUUUGGGAAGGAUGCUAUAUCUUUUCGCUAUCAUCGAACAUGCGUAGCUGGUGUCAUUUACCAACAAUUGAAAUACAGACAAAAUUGUGAAGAUCUACUGUUGGUAACAGUAGACGAGAUUCGCCCUUCCAAGGUAGCAUCUCAUAUAUAUUUUAGUUUUGUCUUUGACAUCCUCGCAAAGAAGCUAACUUUACUCAUGCUAUUAAUAUGCUCUACCCUUUACUCGUUCCCCAGAGAUCGGGAAUAG